AUGCGAGAGGGAUCUGCACCAUUCUGCAACCGCAGCACAUUGAGGCGCCAAGCGAGCAUUCUUGAGCAAAUACUGCCCACUCGUGUCAUCACAAUGUUCCGUGGCUUUGUCUUCGCCCUGGUGUUGUCUCAGGCUGUAGCCGGUCCCCUGAGUGGUCUGUUGGCAAGCCUGACCGGUCAUGACAAUGCGACUUGCACCGACACCCAUCACGCCUGUGCUACGAGCUUUGCUGCCUUCUUCCCGGAGACCGCAGCCACGCAUGCGACCGAGCACUUCUUCCCGGACAUCUCGAGCUCCUCAGUGGCAGAUGCAAGCGCCACGCACCAUGAUGGGCACAUGGAUCAGUUCGACUCCUCUUCCUUGUUGACCGGUCGACGUCCCCGGAUGUUCGUGAGCUUCGAGAAGAAGUGA